UGACAACUGAUUUUUCACUGGCAUCUUGCUCAUUCGUCUCUUACCCUCAAUGGAUUCUCAAGUUUUAUUGGUCUUCUACUUUUCUGCUGUCCUUCUUGAAAAUUAAAUUGCAUUUUGUUGCUUUUUCUAGGGUGUCAACAAAACGAAGGCGUUGACUUUCUUCUAGGGAUUUAUCAGAUUGAAUUACUCCACUCUCUACACAUCCAAUACCGGGAAAAAGAAAAAAAACAGAACUCUUUUUUGAAUUUUGACACUAGGUUUUGUUAUUUCAUCGGUUUUUCCUUUCUGGGUGUAUGGGAUUUUUGUCAUAGUUCAAUGGCUUUCCUUGAACCUUGAGCGUUCAAGGUUUAUGAAAUCCUUUCUCUUUUCUUUUUUCCUGAUCUACUUUUUUAUCCCAAUUAUCAAAUUUUAGAUGUUUGGUUUUGGGUUUAUCGAGUUAUAGAUUUGAAGUUGUUUAGGAGAAUCUUGCUUUGUCGUGUAGUGUUAACUGUCAAUGGAUGCCGUCCAUAACGAUGUUAAUGGACAUAAAAAUGAGACUUCAGCUACCAUAGAUUCUCCAAAACUUGAAGACCAUACUGAUGGAGAAGAUUACAAUGAAUCAAAUUCUCUGUUGCCACAAAACAAAGGUGGGAUAUCGACAAAAUCUGAAAAGACUCAGCGAAAAGUCCAAUGGAAUGAUAGAAAUGGGAAUAAACUCGCAGAGGUUAUGGUGUUUGAACCAAGUGAUGUGAGUGAUUCUGAUGAUGAGGAUUCGGACUCGGAUUCCUGUAUAUGUACAAUAAUGUAGAUAAAAUACAGGACAUAUCCAGUGAUUAUCUGCUGGAAAUAUCAAUUUGGGCUUCAGUUUCCUCCUUGAUGUUGAUGAUGUUGCUGUAAGAUAGCCUUCCUGGUUUCAACUUGCUUUUGGAAGGAUAGAUUAAAACUAUGUUACUCGAACUCGAGUUUGUUGGAUACACCUGUAUCCAGCAAGGGUAUGUUCAAUGGAUGGGUCCUGAAGAGUCAUACCCCAAACCAAUGUUUGGUUAUGUGUCCUACAUAGGUGUCUAAUACGUGUAUUUAGAGAAAAAUAAAAAGUCGGAGUAACAUAGGAUAAAAGGGGCCAGAAGCCAAGCAAGACAUUCUCUCAUAUAUGCAGUUUACCAAACUGGAGCUCCGUACAACUUCUGAGCUGGUUUGACAUGCGUUUCACAAUGAACAGAUACAAAAAUUCCAUGGUCUUUCUUGCAUAAUGCAUAUAUAGAUUAAUUAUGGCCCUUUUUUUUUUGGCCCCUUUUGUACGUUUAUAUUUCACUAUUUGAAGAACAAUUAAGAGAUUACAUUCCUCGAUAGUAAAAUGAAAUAGCCGACACCUUAUCUCA